CAGUUGUACGGCAUCAAAACCAUCCAAGCUUUCAGCGAAGCAAGUCGUCGUGGCCUGCACAGUGCUCUGCCCAAGUCUUUGCUGACGCACGUUCAUAGUCGCAUUCUCUCGAGCAAGGUGCCGGUAACGCGCAGAGUGUCGGAGCGUUCUGUCGGUAUGCGAUAAGCGGCAAACAUCGUUCGGACGCAGUGGAGUGAACACACGCGCAGCGCAGCCUCCUACGAUUGCAACGAGACAGUGUUUUGGUUAACGUUGACGUGUGGUGGAAUCGCAACCGAAUGCAUACAGCAAGUGCCUAAAGUGAUGAUGGAGCAAAUGUUAUAAGUGGAUUAAAGAAAAGUUUUUUUACGAACAACAAUAGCACAACAACCCGUGUGAUCAGGUGUGUGUGUGUGAACAAAGCAAAUAAUCGCAGCCGGAAAAUAGUGACACAGUUGCAAAAGGAAAUACGAUUUAAAACAAGUGCCAACAUAGUGCAAAUAUAAGAAGAAAAAAUAAACGUUACAAAGGUUACGGUUACGUGCCUUUUUGGUGAUAGUGGUUGUGAAGGUGAUACAAACAGCAAAAAAAAAACACACAUCCAAAAUGGUGACCGGAAUUGGAGCCACCGCGCAACAGGUCGCCGGAACGCCGGCCACCACCCAGAUACCGCCGGCCGAACCGGUCAAACGCUCCAGCGAUAAUCGUCGGAGCAACAAACCGAUCAUGGAAAAACGGCGCCGUGCUCGUAUCAACAACUGUCUGAACGAGCUGAAAACGCUGAUCCUCGACGCCAUGAAGAAAGACCCCGCCCGUCACUCAAAGCUGGAAAAGGCCGACAUCCUGGAGAUGACGGUGAAGCAUCUGGAAAAUCUGCAGCGCCAGCAGAGCGCAAUGUCGCAGGCCACCGAUCCGAGCGUGAUGAACAAGUUCAAGGCCGGCUUCAACGAGUGCGCCCAGGAGGUGGGCCGCUUCCCGGAGAUCGAUCCGCACGUUAAGCGCCGUCUGAUGCAGCAUCUCAGCAACUGCAUCAACGGUGUGAACAAGUCCGAUCUGCCCAAGCGCCACCAGCAGCAGCAGCAACAGCACAUCCUACCCUCGCCGCCAAGCUCUCCCGAGCAGCAUGGACAUCCCUACGGAUUGGCCGGCCAUCCUUCACCCCUGAGCGCUAUCCAGGCCGGAAACGGUAGUGUCUAUAUGGCCGGUUCGAGCGUGCAGCUUAUCCCAACCAAGCUCCCGAACGGAAGCAUCGCCUUCGUGCUUCCGACCACUGCCGCCCAAACGCUCACCACCCAAGUACAGCAACCGCCCGUCCCGAUGCUCGUCCCCAUCCCGUCCCGCACCGCGUCGACCGGAUCUGCCUCGUCGAGCCAUUCGGGUGCGUCCUCCCUGUACGAGCGGGUUCCACGGGAGCAUGCAACCUCCUCGCCGUACCACGCACCACCCAGCCCGGCCAACUCCCACUACGAACCGAUGGAGUGCCACACGUCCGCCAACGCCUUUCACCACCUCCACCAGCAGUCAUCCUCCUCGUCGUCGUCCUCAUCCUCCUCCUCGUCGUCCUUCAGCAGCCCCGACAGUCCGCUGUCGCUCGUCAUGAAGAAACCGUACCACGAUGACGAUGAGGAUCACGAGAUGAAGCAGGAGGACGAUGGUAAACCAUGGCGCCCGUGGUAAAUCGUCGCGGUGGUUCCAAGUGAAGUGUGAGCGGAGUCAUAUACACAACAGUACCUAAGGAAAGUUUAAAGUUGAAGUUUCGGGAUGGAUGCUGUGCAGACUUCCUUGCUUCAGCUUGCUUUUUCGGCGUUCCGGCCAUGGUUCCGGUUCCAGCGCACCAGUCACCCCGGAUGGAAACAAGUGUCAUACUAGUCAUACGAUUUCCCGUACCGGUUUGGGGAAAUUCAUGCAUCUUAGUGUGUGACUUUAAAGAAAAGACGGGGUGAUUUUCCGGUGACAACACGCAUCACCACAUUCGACGGAACUCGGUGCUCCAGUGCUCUUGUGAACCAAAAUCGACGUGUGUGUGUGUGCUGUUAGUUACUAGUGUGAGCGUGCGCCGGAUGAACACCGGAAGUUAUGUUGGUGGCCGUGAACGGUGGAAGCAACAUGUGUGAUGCUGUGAAUAACUUUUAAGAACUGGGGGAAAAGAAAACCCGUUGCGCAGGGCAUUAGGAGUUAGCGGUGAGUGACUAGGCGACUGUGACGGAAGUGCCUCUUAAGAAAUGAAGGGUUAAAAAGCUUUAUCAAAAUCUAUCUACGAUUAGUGGUUUGUGAAUGUGUGUAUGUGAAUCAGCGUGCGAGAGUAUGUAUGUGUGUGUGUGACCGAGAGCAACUAUAGGACCUCCUCGCCAUAGCCUCCUACUGUUUGUUUUUAACUAUUAUUUCGAAUGUGUGAUUUUCAGUUAAGGCUUCCAAUAUAGCUUUAGCUCGGUAACGUUUUAUGUUUUAAGGAACAGAUUUUUUUUGAGCAUAAAAAACCAAUUAAUUACCUCCCUGGCUUUCGUUGGGCAAUGCGACAAUUAAUCACAAAAGUCUUCCAAAAAAUCGUGUAGCGCGGCCAGCUUUCAUCUCCACAGCCACACACAACACACUUAGCAAACACAGGGUGCACAGUAGUCUUCCAUACAAAAUAAUCCUAGCAACCUGAGCUUUACUAGUGGAUGUGUGUGUGUGCGUGCGAGUGUGUGCGCUGAACAAGUUCGAAUUUUUCUCGGACAGUUAACACGAUCGUGCUUUGAAGUUGCACUUAUUACAUUAAUCCUUAAAUUAUUGCUCCAAGAGGUGUCCUAUAUAUCCGGCUUUGAGGGUAAAAUUCAAAAACAGAUGGAGGGUUUAAUCCGUGGGGCUAGGAAAACGCUGGCGUAUUAACCUCCUAGAAUAGUGUUGACAUUGGCCAGAAAGCAAGCAAUUCGUUGUGGCAAUUAAGACAAGUAACAGAAAGCAGACAGAAAACAGAUCUUAGAAACGGAACAGGAAAAAAACGUUUCAUUGUAAAUUAGGCAUUGCGUGGCGUGUAGAACUAAGAUGAUAGUUUAUUUUUAUAACUUAAUGUUAACCAUACGAACCCCAUUAGGCCAUUAGCUCGUUAGUGUUGUAAGUGAAAGAAUCCUAUGUAAAAAUAACAAACUAGUUUUAUAUAAAGAAAAAGAAAAAAAUCCUAGCAACAGAUCGGACCACCCUGUGGCCGUGAUCGUGCACAAAUGAGAUAUGAAAAUAUAAAAAAACCUGAAAAUCAUACACCAAUAUGAUGAUACAAAACAUAAA